AUGAAGGUUUCAACUUUGCUUACAAUUUUCACUGCUCUAGUAUCAUACUCCUCUGCUCUUCCAAUUGAAAAGAGAGAGACUGAAUACAACAGUUCUCUUCCAUUGGUUAAGAUUUACGGUACUGGUGGUACCAUUGCCUCCAGAGGAUCUAGUGCUUCGCAGACAUCCGGUUACUCUUUAGGAUUAACUGUCGAGGACUUGAUCGAGUCAGUCCCAACUUUGCAAGAUGUCGCCAACUUGGAGUAUCUGCAGGUGUCAAAUGUUGGCUCUGGAUCUAUCAAUGAUACCAUUCUGUUAGACUUAGCUCAUAACAUUCAAGCUGAUUUGGAUGAAGGGAAAGUUGGAGGUGCCGUUGUCACACAUGGUACCGACUCUCUGGAAGAAACUUCUUUCUUUUUAGAAUUGACCGUGAAGACAGAGAGUCCAGUCGUUAUUGUGGGUGCUAUGAGACCAGCCACCGCCACUUCGGCAGAUGGUCCAAUGAACUUGUACCAAGCAGUUUCCGUCGCCGGUUCUGAACUCAGUAAAGGCCGUGGAUCUUUGGUCGUUUUCAACGACCGUAUUGGUAGUGGUUUCUACUCCACCAAAUCCAGUGCCAAUUCUUUAGACACUUUUAAGUCUUUGGAACAAGGAUACUUGGGCUUCUUCUUUAACAACGACAUUGAGUACUAUUAUCCUCCAGCUAGGCCAAAUGGAUAUCACUACUUCAAUGUUACAGAAUCCACGGAACUACCAAUGGUUGACAUCAUCUAUGCCCACCAGUCUAUGGACCCUGCUUUGAUCUAUGCUGCAGCUGAAAGCGGUGUCAAGGGUAUCGUCACAGCAGGAAUGGGUGCCGGUAGUAUUACUGCUCCGGCCAGAGAUGCUUUGAACGAUGUCUAUGAGAAGUACGGUGUCAUAACUGUUCAGAGUAGAAGAAUGCAGGAGGGUAAAGUUCCAGAAAGAACCAACAACUUCAUAGGAUCUGGAUAUUUGAACCCACAAAAAGCCAGAAUUAUGCUACAAUUGUGUCUCAACGAGGGAUUAAACCUUAACCAGACAAAGGAUGUGUUCUCCGCUGUUUACGGUGGUUAG